AUGACUGACAACACGAACAGACCCGAAAAGAGAAUCGACUCCCCCACUCCAGCGACCAACGACCAACGACUAUUAGAAGACGACGAAUCCAUGCUGGAAGGGGACGAGGGAAGCCUCCUAAAUACAGAACAAGAAGCCAGGAGACUGCUAUUCGACAGCACCCCGACACCGCACCAACACUUCGACCACCUAGAAAAUGUCGUACUCGGCACAGCGAGCGACAUCCAGGGCAACAUAGGCAACAUACUCACCUGGGUACAAAGCACCGCCGCAUCAGUACACGAAGUCAACGAAGCUAUAAGAACCCUGGUCACCACCAACAAUAGACUCCAAGAAGAAGUAACAUCACUCAAGGAACAGAACAGCGAGAUACGGUCCACCCAAAAGAAAAUACUCGACGCGGUCGACGGACUCAAGAACCGCAACGCAGAGCUAACCCAUCUACUGACGCAGAACCAAACGAACACACAGGGUGCAAGAGACCAUUCACCGGACCACACCAAUACCACGACAACUCACAAAUCGACGACAACCCUGGGACCGACAUUCAAGCCCACGCUUCCAACCAAAAACCCAAAUACGAAACCUCCCGCACGCUCCACCGACGCGCAUCACCCCUCCCGACUCGUCGUCCGCUUCCUACACACAGGAGUGAAAGAGGACGACAAAGAGGACCCUCGAGCCCUGGCAGAACGCCUCAACCUCAGCAUAACGUCAGCCGCCUCCAGCCGUGGUCUUGGUGACCCACCGACAGUUGUAGCGGUUAACUACAACCGGGCAAACAGCAGCCUCAUCGUUUAUGUGAGGGAAGACCAAGCUGCCGCCGACCUACUCCCCUUCGAAGAAGACAUCAGGAAAGGCAUAUUACGGGACAACCUCUUCUAUGAGCUGAAGAUCUACGUCGACAAGAAAUGGUUCAAGAUCCAAGUGGACAAUGUACCAACAAUGGACCGCCUCGGGUACAUAUUCGCGCCAGCAACUCUCAUGGCAGAACUGACCAAGAACAACGCAACGGUGUCAAAACUCCAUCAAGACGAACAUAUUCCCAUGGAACCCCGAUGGACAAGAACAAUGGAGGAUCUCAUGGCCCAAGGAACCCUCCAAGAGCCUCGCAGUCUUCGGGAGAUACUGCGACAUACGCCCAUACCAGGACCGCCCACCGGUCUGCCAAUGCAACAACUGUUGGAACAUGGGACACCACCGCAAGACAUGCAAGGCGAAGGAGCCCUGCAGGUUAUGCGCCUCAAGAGAACACACCGAAACAGCACACAUGGAGGUGUGCACAAAAUGCCAAGCAAUCAAGGAGAGCGAAGGAUAUAUGGAAACUGA